AUGCCAAAUUGGAAAUUCCUGGGAUUCUUCAUUGCGAUGGUUGGCUUCGGCGCCUGUGGCAGUCUCAUCAUGGACACGGCCGUCUUCCUGGAGUACCUUCCAAGCAGCAAGAAGUGGCCUCUCACCGCUCUGGCCUUCGCUGGCUUCCUGACCUGGGGCUUCUUGGUUUCAAACUCAUGGAACUGCUCCGAUGGUGCAAGUUGCACCAAGGCUAACAACUGGGGAUGGCGGUAUACCAUAUUCACCGGCGGCGCCCUUGUCUUUGUCAUGUCCGUGCUUCGGGUUACUGUCAUCAAACUGGAGGAAACUCCAAAGUAUCUGCUUGGUGUCGGCGAUGAGUCGCCGUCGACAUACCUUGCGAACAAGGGCGCCAUCUUCCACCAAACGCAGUUUGAAACGUGGCGCAAUUACGCCCUCACCAACAUCAGUGGGAUACCUGGUUCUAUCGUUGCCGGUUGCAUGUGUAACACGAAGCUCGGGCGCAAAUUCGCCAUGGUCAUCGACUUGACGCUGACUUGCGUUAUUGCCUUCUGCAUCAACAUUUACUAUGGAACUCUCAGCCAAGAUACGCCUGAGGUUCUUCCCAGCGCCCACAGGGCAACUGGAAACAGUAUUGCUGUUGCUUGCAAUAGGAUCAUGGGAAUCAUAUCUGCGGUGGUUGCAAGCAAGGGGAAUACGGGCACCCCGGCGCUUUUGUACGUUUGUGCAGCUCUGCUUGUUGGCAUGGCUGGAGUUUCCGUGUUGUUCCCGGACGAGCUCUAUGGUCUCAAGAGUUCUUGA